AUGUCUAACAGUCUUGCUGUGCUACAUGCCCUUGAUUCAGCCAGAACACAAUGGUACCACAUCACCGCCAUCAUCAUCGCCGGCAUGGGCUUCUUCACCGACGCCUAUGACCUCUUCUGCAUCUCCACCAUCUCCAAACUCUUGGGCCGUCUCUACUACUACGACCCUGUUGGCAGCCCUGAAAAGCCCGGCAAGCUCCCCCACAACGUCAAUAAUGCCGUUGUCGGUGUUGCCCUGUUCGGAACCCUAACAGGACAGUUGGUGUUUGGCUGGUUGGGGGACAAGCUCGGCCGGAAAAGAGUUUAUGGCUUCACUCUCAUUCUUAUGGUUGUUUGUGCUAUUUGCUCCGGUCUGUCAUUUGGGUAUAGCCCAAAAGCUGUAAUCAUUACACUUUGUUUCUUCAGGUUCUGGCUAGGGUUUGGGAUUGGUGGAGACUAUCCCCUUUCCGCGACGAUCAUGUCGGAGUAUGCGAAUAAAAAGACUCGUGGGGCUUUUAUUGCGGCAGUGUUUGCUAUGCAGGGCAUGGGGAUCAUUUUUGCGGGGCUGGUUUCCAUGAUUCUCUCGAAGCUCUUCCUCCUCAAGUAUGAGACUGUGUCAUUCAGAGAGGAUCCUGUGCGUUCUACCCAACGUGAGGCGGAUUUUCUGUGGCGGAUCGUGCUGAUGCUCGGAGCCUUGCCGGCACUUUUAACGUACUACUGGAGAAUGAAGAUGCCGGAAACUGGUCGGUACACUGCCCUUAUAGAAGGAAAUGCUAAACAAGCUGCUGCAGACAUGGGUCGGGUUCUUGAGAUUGAAAUCCAAGAGGAAGCAGAUAAAGUGGCAGAGUUUAAGGCUGCUAACGAGUACUCAUUAUGGUCGAGAGAGUUCUUUGAUCGCCAUGGGCUUCACCUGAUAGGCACAAUGAGCACCUGGUUCUUGUUGGACAUAGCCUUCUACAGCCAAAACCUAACUCAGAAGGAUAUUUUUCCGGCGAUGAACCUGGUAAAUAAAGAUUAUCAAGUCAGUGCACUCCGGGAAAUGUUCGAGACAUCCAGGGCCAUGUUUGUGGUGGCCUUGCUGGGGACUUUUCCGGGAUAUUGGUUCACAGUUUUCUUCAUUGAACGGAUUGGCCGAUACAUCAUCCAGCUUGUGGGGUUCUUCAUGAUGUCCUUAUUCAUGCUGAUCAUAGGAAUCAAAUACGAAUACCUCAGGGACGAUAAUAAAUGGCUGUUUGCAGUCCUAUAUGGGCUGACCUUCUUCUUUGCCAAUUUCGGUCCAAACAGCACAACUUUUGUUCUUCCGGCCGAGCUGUUCCCGACCCGAGUGAGAUCAACAUGCCAUGCAAUGAGCGCUGCGGCCGGGAAGGCUGGGGCUAUGAUCGGGGCAUUUGUGGUGGCGACCUAUACUUUGGAUGGUAAAGCUAAUGAAAUUAGGGUAGCCAUGAUAACCAUGGCCUGUACAAAUAUGCUAGGGUUCUUCUGUACAUUCUUGGUGACGGAGACCAAAGGCCGAUCCCUGGAGGAAAUAUCAGGCGAGGAUGGAGGUAAUAAUGAAACCCAGAUGCCUAGCACACCAUCAAAAUAA